ACGUGUGACAAUAUCUAAUAACAUUGUGUUUAAUUUGAUGUUUUUAGUAAUAAACCAUAUAUUGUGAUAAAGAUAGCGUUAAGGCCAACGAUCCUAUGGUCAGAAUUAGAGGGGGAAAUGUAUUUAGAGCUAUAUAUAUAGAUAUGUAUAUAUAAUACCAUUGUGUGCUAAGUAUCAAGUGCAGUUAUUCACCAGUUAUAAAGUGUGUUUUAGUUGUCUACCGUUCUGUUUGUAAGACUGCAUGGAGAUGCAACAAUGGCAUUGAGAACAGCAGGAAGUGUGUUGAUGGUCUUUAUCUGGUCUGAGACAGUGGUACUGGGUCAGAAUGGCUGGAGGGUGACUUACAACCCUCAGAUUAUCUGUGCCUUGAAGAGGUCAACAGUGGAUCUGUCCUGCUCUUAUACAUAUCCCAGAGGUCAUACAGUCACAGGGACAUCAUGGUUCUAUAGAUGGUCUGUUGUGAAACCUCAGAAUGAUGAUCGUGUGGAGUACUAUGGGGACAGAGUGAAUGACUGCACCCUGAGAAUCACAGACCUGAGAGAGAGUGACUCAGCUGAGUACGGGUUUACAUUUAGGACUCAGAUCAUACAAGGUCAUGUCUUUCAAAGUGUGAGAAGUGAGAGCUAUUCUGGCAGUCCUGGAGUCAGGCUGUCCGUCACAGGCCUGGAGGCAAAAUGUCAAACUAUAGUGACAGAGGGACAGCCUGUGACACUGACCUGUAGCACCACCUGUACUCUGACUGACAACCCCAAUCCCACCUACAUCUGGAAGAAGAACAGACAACAUCUCACAAACCCAAAGACCAAAAGUAACUACCUGUACCUAGACCCAGUCAGCAGUGAGGAUACAGGCAGAUACUCCUGUGCUGUAAACGGCCAUGAGAAUCUCCCCUCUGCUGAAGAGACUCUCACUGUCAGAUAUGGCCCAAAGAGAGUGUCAGUAUCAGUCAGUCCUUCUGGUAAAAUAGUGGAGGGCAGUUCAGUGACUCUGACCUGCAGCAGUGAUGCCAACCCACCUGUGGACAAAUACACCUGGUACAAGAAGAACGUAACCUCACCAAAAGCAUCAGGACAGAGUUACAGCAUCACUAACAUCAGCUCUGAGGACAGUGGAGAAUACUACUGUGAGGCUGAGAAUACAAUUGGAGCCCAGAUAUCUACACCUCAAUUGAUCAUUGUAGCCGAGAAACAAGCUUCUGUGAAGAAUGCAUCGAUAGGAAUCAUAGUGGUUGUUCUGGUUCUCAUCCUCUUUCUCUCUGUCCUUAUGUGGUUCAGGAAGAAGGCCUCCAAAUCCACCUCCGACACAAGAGACAGAAGAGACACAGUAGACAAUGGACAGCAAGACUCUAGUCCCGUGUAUGACAACAUCUCAGGCAUGGCCAUAACCCAUACUGCAGCACCGACAGUGGACACAGACAACCAGGAUAACGUUCAAUACGCCAGCAUUCAACACAGAAACCAGGAAGUGCCUGAAUACUCCACUGCCCAACCGUCUCAACCCCAGAAACAGGAGGAGGAAUACUCCACUGCCCAACCGUCUCAACCCCAGAAACAGGAGGAGGAUGUCCAGUACGCUGCUGUGAAAUUUAACCACACCAGUGCUGUUGACAUGCCAGUAGAGACCACUGUGGUACAGUACACUGGAAACACCAGGUUUAGAGUGUAGCUGGUGAGACAUACAAAAGUAAAGAGAAAUAAGCCAAUUGUUAUGGACGAAUUGUAGGGAUAUUUUCCAACUAUCCUUCUUGUAUAAUAUGUUUGCUCCAAAAAUGCAUUUCUUGUAGAACUUCACUGACAUUUUGGUAGUUAGAAAGAGGCCUCAUGAAGACAGGACGUCAGCUCUGCAUCCCAAUUUUAGUCCCUCAGUACUUCUAGUUGGUGUCAACCACAGACAUCACAUUAUUAUUAUUUUGCACUGUCAGUAGGUCCCCUUCCACACCUGGUGACAUUAAUUUGCUACAUCACUACACCCUAGUUACACCUCCACACCUGGUGACAUUAACCAGGGUGUAGUGCUGUAGUAAAUGAAUGUCACCAGGUGUUGAGAUGAGGUGUAACCAGGGUGUAGUGCUGUAGUAAAUGAAUGUCACCAGGUGUGAAGGUGGAGGUGUAACCAUAAUGUAGUAAUGUAGUAAAUGAAUGUCACCAGG